AUGGAGCCGGCCCCCUCCCGCGACCCCGAGCUGCAGCCCCAGCUCCUCGCCAACGCGUCGGACGCGUUCCCCAGCGCCUUCCCCAACGCGGGUGCCAACGCGUCGGGGCCACCAGGAGCACGGAGCGCCUCUUCCCUUGCCCUGGCUAUCGCCAUCACCGCGCUCUACUCGGCGGUGUGCGCCGUGGGGCUCCUUGGCAACGUGCUCGUCAUGUUCGGGAUCGUCCGGUACACUAAGAUGAAGACGGCCACCAACAUCUACAUUUUCAACCUGGCCUUGGCAGACGCCCUGGCCACCAGCACACUGCCCUUCCAGAGUGCCAAGUACCUGAUGGAGACAUGGCCCUUUGGGGAACUGCUCUGCAAGGUUGUGCUCUCCAUUGACUACUACAAUAUGUUCACCAGCAUCUUCACGCUCACCAUGAUGAGCGUCGACCGCUACAUUGCCGUCUGCCACCCCGUCAAGGCCCUGGACUUCCGCACCCCUGCCAAGGCCAAGCUGAUCAACAUCUGCAUCUGGGUCCUGGCCUCCGGUGUCGGUGUACCCAUCAUGGUCAUGGCUGUGACCCGCCCCCGGGACGGGGCAGUGGUGUGCAUGCUCCAGUUUCCCAGCCCCAGCUGGUACUGGGACACGGUGACCAAGAUCUGCGUGUUCCUCUUCGCCUUCGUCGUGCCCAUCUUAGUCAUCACCGUGUGCUACGGCCUCAUGCUGCUGCGCCUGCGCAGUGUGCGCCUGCUGUCGGGCUCCAAGGAGAAGGACCGCAGCCUGCGGCGCAUCACCCGCAUGGUGCUGGUGGUGGUGGGCGCCUUCGUGGUGUGCUGGGCCCCCAUCCACAUCUUCGUCAUCGUCUGGACGCUGGUGGACAUCGACCGCCGCGACCCGCUGGUGGUGGCCGCGCUGCACCUGUGCAUCGCGCUCGGCUACGCCAACAGCAGCCUCAACCCCGUGCUCUACGCCUUCCUCGACGAGAACUUCAAGCGCUGCUUCCGCCAGCUCUGCCGCACGCCCUGCGGCCGCCCGGAGCCCGGCAGCUUCAGCCGCGCCCGCGAAGCCACGGCCCGCGAACGGGUCACCGCCUGCACCCCGCCCGACGGCCCCGGCGGUGGCGCCGCCGCCUGA